GGACUCAGCUGCUGCGCUGGCGGAAGCAGGGCGACCCAGACCCGACAGAAACAUCCCUCUGUAGCUGCCCUGACUGCGGCUGGAGCUGGAGCUGGCCAGGACGUCUUAUUUUGAAGCGUCGGACCGGGGCCGAGUCGGUGCUUUUUCGGGUUGCGUUGACGGUUGUUGCUGCUGAGCAGCAGGCGGAGAGGAUCGGCAUCUAAAAACCCACUUGGAAAAACUACUUAGCGGGAGGGACAGAAAGGCAGAAGGAAUCUGGUCCAGGGUCACUGGUGAAAGGAGCCGCUCAUCCUGGUGGAGCACAAGGGCCGUGGCAACACUCUGGUGGUCGGGAGGUAGAGCCCCUAGUUUUGGCUUUGAGGGAGCACCAGAAUGAGCCAGGAGGCCCUCGGAUCUGAUGGAGACUGUACUCAGGAUGUGGUUGACUUUAUCUGGGAUGACUACCUGGAUGAGACUGGAGCCGUGUCUGUGCCCCAUCACGCCUUCAAACACGUGGACCAGGGCCUGCAGACAGGUCUGACCCCGGGUAUGAAGCUGGAGGUGUGUCUGCGCUCAGAGGCUGACAACCCUUACUGGGUGGCCAGCAUCAUCACCACAUGUGGCCAGCUGCUGCUGCUGCGCUACGAGGGAUUCCAGGACGACCGCCGUGCCGACUUCUGGUGCGACAUCAUGGCUGCAGACCUUCAUCCUUUGGGCUGGAGCCGGCAGCACAGAAAGACUAUGAGGCCUCCUGCAGGUGUCCUUGAGAAGCAUCAAGACUGGGAGGCUCUGCUGGAAAAAGUUUUGGCCGAGGAGUGCAGCGCACCUGCCAGCCUGCUGGAAUUGCCCCAGCGUGGCAGAGACCCGGUGGACCUCCUAAGUGCGGGCUGCUGUGUGGAGCUCCAGGAUAACGUGGAGCCGGGCUCGGCUUGGGCUGCUGAAGUGGAAGAGAACAUCGGCGGAAGGCUGAAGCUACGGCUGAUGGGUACCAAGGGCCUCCCAGACACACCUGCAACUCUCUGGCUCUUUUAUCUGCACCCACGCCUGCACCCACCCGGCUGGGCCAAGGAGCACGGCCGCACCUUUAGGCCCCCGUCAGACUUGUUGGCGCUGCGGACUGUGGAGGAGUGGGAAGAAGUGAGACAGAGGAUCAGAGACUUACCUCAGAAUGAAGCUCUGACUGCAGAGCUUUCCAAGGAUCAGCCGGCUAGGGUUUCUCAUUGUUUUAAGGAAGGGAUGAAACUAGAGGCUGUUGACCCUGAUGCACCUAUUUCUAUCAGGCCUGCUACUGUCACCAAGGUGUACGAUGAGAACUACUUCCUGGUGACGAUGGAUGACCUUUGUGGUAUCGAGGACUCAGAUGUUCCCGGACAGGCUUUCCUGUGUCACAGAGACAGUCCAGGGAUAUUCCCUGCUCAAUGGAGCCUCAAAAAUGGGCUCCCACUGAACCCCCCGCCAGGAUACCGUGGUUCAGACUUUGACUGGGCGGAUUACUUGAAGCAGUGCGAGGCCGAGGCGGCUCCUCAGCAUUGUUUUCCAACUGACCAGUGUGAACACAGUUUCAAAGAGGCCAUGAAACUGGAGGCCGUCAACCUGCUGUCACCUGAGAAUAUUCACGUUGCAACAGUCACCAGGGUUAAAGGGCAAUACCUUUGGCUUAGUCUGGAAGGUCUGAAGCAGCCAAUGCCAGAGAUAAUCAUUCAUGUGGAUUCCCUUGACAUUUUCCCUGUCAGCUGGUGUGAGACAAACGGCUACCCGCUGGUUUACCCCAUCAAGCCCUCAGUUAAAGAAAGAAAAAUCGCUAUUGUGCAGCCAGAGAAACACAGGACUCCGUCUAAGUCUUCAUCACCUGACGCUCUCAAACAGCAGAUGGCAAACCAUUCUGAAACAGGUGACACUGUCUCGAGCCUUGUGAGAUUAAACUGGCAGGGAAACGGGAAAUACUGCUGUCCCAAGAUCUACUUCAACCACCGUUGCUUCUCGGGCCCCUACCUGAACAAGGGACGCAUCGCUGAGCUGCCUCAAUUCAUCGGCCCAGGAAACUGUGUGCUUGUUCUCAAAGAAGUAUUGAGCCUGCUUAUAAAUUCAGCAUACAAGCCUAGCCGUGUGCUGAGAGAGCUGCAGCUGGAUCAGGAGAGCCGCUGGCAGGGCCAUGGAGAAACGCUUAAAGCCAAGUACAAAGGAAAGAGUUACCGGGCAACAGUGGAGAUUGUUCGCACUGCAGACAGAGUAGCAGAUUUCUGCAAGAAGACCUGCAUUAAGUUGGAAUGCUGCCCAAACCUGUUUGGGCCUCGCAUGGUUCUGGAGCGCUGUUCAGAGAACUGUUCUGUCCUCACCAAGACCAAAUACACUUAUUAUUAUGGAAAAAAGAAAAGUAAACGUGUUGGCCGCCCCCCUGGGGGCCACACAAAUCUAGAGAGUGGUGUAAAGAGGAAAGGGCGAAGGAGGAAGAAGAGGAAGCAGCUCUUUGUCCACAAGAAGAGACGCUCCUCAGCCUCGGUUGACAACACACCUGCUGGGUCUCCACAGGGAAGUGGAGAAGAAGAAGAUUUAGAUGAAGAUGACUCCCUUAGUGAUGAUUCUGGUUCUGAGGUACAAGACGAUCUCCAGGAUGAUUCUGAGCAGUCUAUUGAAAAAUCUCAGCCCACAACACCUUCGCCCUCCCCACCAGCAACACCCAGGCCCUCACGCAGACGCCGGAAACCCUGCUCGCCUUCGUAUUCGGAUGACGAAAACCACCCCCCUUCACCUAAGACAUUAAAGGUUGAGCCUCAGAAAUUAUGUUUGGAUACCAGCCCGCUAGAGUGGAGUGUUCCUGACGUGGUUCGCUUCAUCAGGACGACUGACUGUGCUCCUCUUGCAAAGAUUUUCUUGGAUCAAGAGAUUGACGGGCAGGCACUACUGCUGCUAAACCUCCCAACUGUACAAGAAUGCAUGGACCUAAAACUGGGACCAGCCAUAAAGUUAUGCCACCACAUCGAGAGGGUCAAACUGGCAUUUUAUCAACAGUUUGCUACGUAGUAGAUGGGGAAGAAAGGAGAAAAAAAAACAACAAAAGAAACACUGGACAUGGCUGCACCCUCUUUGGCAUGUUAAUCCUGUGAAAACUGGUGAAGAUGUACUAUCAUAUUUUUACUUCUUUGUUUUCUUUUAAACACUGGACAUCCUUUAGAAUCCUGCCUGUAUCACAUCUGUUCAGAUACAUUUAAGAUCAGCAGCAGCUGUGUUUCGUCAGAAAAAUGAGUCAAGAAGUAGGGGGUCAAAAACAUUUCAUGCACUCUUUGAAAAAAGCACAGGGGGACACUAAUUGAAGGCAUGUUGAUGGCACAGAUAAAUGCAAUUUUCCUUAAAUCUUGCAUAUUUUUUUAGUAAAAUCAAACUUCAAAGACAUUAUCCUGCACUUUUGUUCAAGUUGAAAAAAGCUAGUGUCUGGCUAUUGUUAAAUCUUGAAUUUAACCCUGUACCUUCUGAGUGCCUCAAUCUCUUAUGUUUUCAUUGAGUUUGAGUACUUGAGUAUCACAGCUACAACUUUUGAUCUGUCCAUUUUCAAAGAUGUUUGCAGCCUGCCUUACUGAAAAAGUGUACAAUAUUUUUGGUACAUAUAACAGGCCUCUUAGAUGUAAGCAGUUGUAACAAACUUUUUUUUUUCUACAGAAAAAAAGUGUUUGAUGAAACUCCAACCUGUAUCCUAGAAUAACAACACAUUAGAAGUGUGUCAUUUGGUCUCUUGUUUCAAAAGACCAAAUAUAUAUAUUUUCAGAGCUGUUUCGGUUUAUUCCGGAAGGAAUGGUGACCAUUUUUGUUGAAAUCCCGAAAGUUGUAUAAAAUCAUCAAUAUCAGAUAGUAUAAAAAAAAGGAAUACAGGCAUUUCAUAAUAUAAAAAAUAAAUGACACAUUCGGGUACUGUAUUAGAUUUUAAACAUACAACAUAUCCAAGCUGUUUGAAAAGGCUCAUUUGAAAUACUCUGAAAUACAGUAUGCUUAAUGUAAAAAAAAAGGAGAGAAAAAAGAGAAAAAGCUUUGAUUUCACACUAAAUGAUAUGUUGUAUGUAAGUGCUGUUCAGUGAGGACUCUGUAAUAUAAGCACAAGCAAAACUGUAUGCACUGUAUGGUGGUAUACCAGUGCAUGUUUGUACAUAGUGUAUAUAAUAUGCUCUAAUGGAACAGGGUGAUUUUUGAAGCAAGAUAUAUUAAUUGUUUGCAUAAGCAAUGUGUAAAUGUCCUAACUCCAAUAUAUUUGUACAAAACAGGCCUACACUUGAUCUAAAAGCCCUUGUUUUGUCAUGUUUUAUCAACCAAUUUCCUCCUUUCAAGAACACAAUUGAAAAAAAAUAAUAAUUUACAGUUAUAACUACUGCGACUUGAUGAAAUCGAUGCAAUAAUUAAAAAUAAAAAGAUGAACCACUGGC